GGCAGGGGAGGGGGCUGGAGGCGGGGGCGUGGACACCCUAGUACCCGGGGACCUCGCCGGGUGGGGCGCCCGCUGCGGCGCGGCCAUGAAGCUGAAGUUGAAGAACGUGUUCCUUGUCUACUUCCUGGUGUCGAUCGCUGGCCUGCUCUACGCGCUGGUGCAGCUGGGCCAGCCCUGCGACUGCCUCCCUGCCCUGCGAGCAGCAGCGGAGCAGCUCCGGCAGAAGGAUCUGAGGAUUUCCCAGCUGCAGACUGAUCUCCACCGUCCGCCUGCUGUCCCUGCCCAGCCCCCUGAACCUGAGGCCCUGCCCACCAUCUACGUCAUUACCCCCACCUAUGCCAGGCUGGUGCAGAAGGCUGAGCUGGUGAGGCUGUCUCAGACCCUGAGCCUGGUGCCCCGGCUGCACUGGCUGCUGGUGGAGGAUGCCGAGGGCCCCACCCCACUGGUCUCAGGGCUGUUGGCUGCCUCUGGACUCCUCUUCACCCACCUGGCUGUCCUCACGCCCAAGGCCCAGCAGCUCCGGGAGGGUGAGCCUGGCUGGAUGCGGCCCCGGGGUGUGGAGCAGCGGAAUGGAGCCCUGGCCUGGCUCCGGGGCCAAGGGGGCGCCGUUGGUGGGGAGAAGGACCCGCCAUCCCCUGGGUCCCCAGGAGUCGUGUACUUUGCUGAUGAUGACAACACCUAUAGCAGGGCGCUCUUUGAAGAGAUGCGCUGGACCCGCCGUGUCUCAGUGUGGCCGGUGGGGCUGGUAGGGGGCCUGCGCUUCGAGGGCCCUAGGGUGCAGGAUGGCCGGGUGGUGGGGUUCCAUACAGCAUGGGAGCCCACUAGGCCCUUCCCUGUGGACAUGGCUGGGUUUGCGGUCGCCCUGCCCCUCCUGCUGGCCAAGCCUGAUGCACGGUUUGAUGCUGCCGCCCCCCGGGGGCACUUGGAGAGCAGCCUCCUGAGCCGCCUUGUGGACCCCAAGGACCUGGAGCCACGGGCUGCCAACUGUACCAGGGUGCUAGUAUGGCACACACGGACAGAGAAGCCCAAGAUGAAGCAGGAGGAGCAGAUGCAGCGGCAAGGCCAGGGCUCAGACCCGGCUGUGGAGGUGUGACAGCCCUGCUCCGACUCGGCUCACUUUGGGCACAUACCUUGUGGGAUUCCCAGGCCUGACCGCUCAACCAGGGCAUGGCCCAGGUGCCUCUCAUCCCUGGCAGAACUGCCAUGCAGCAGUGGCUGUAGACUGGGGACAAGCGGUCAGCCCUGGGUGGGUGGGACAGGGGACAGAUGGACUGGGGGGAUGGGUAACUUAUUGGGAUGGCAUGCUGGGGGUCGGGGAGCUGGGCCGGGCCCUCCAUACCCGAGCAUGUGAACCCUCUCCUGCCUCCGGAAUAAACACCUGGCCCGGGGCCUCUGGUUC